CGGAUCGAUCCAGUUGGGAGUUGAGAGCAGCGCCGCCCUCUCGAGUCGACGAGAGGGCUUGCCAGCCACGCCGAGGGUUUUGCGACUCGCGCCGCCGCCGCCGCCGCCGCCGCGAUGGCCACCUACAACUUCGACCUGCUGGAGCUCGCGGACGGCGAGUCGGGAGAGGCCGCGGUCUCCAUCGUCGUCGGCAAGAAGAAGACGGAGGCCGCCGCCGCCAAGAUCGCCGACGCCGCCGACCCCGUCGAGCCGGCCGCCCACGGGAAGCCCAAGUACUCCUACUUCGCCAAGCUUCAGCACGAUAACGGUGUAAGAAAAUGUCAGCAAGAGCUGAAAAGGUUGAGGGGUGUUCUAAUAAAACUGAGGGAGGAGGAAACAAAAUUGAAGGAGAAGCAAGGGAACGAAGACCGUAUCAAGGAGUUGUCCGAGGAGCAAAGGAGGCUGAGGCAGGAGCAGAGGAAGCUGAGGAUUGAGGAAGCUAAAUUGGUGACUGAUAGAAAAACUUUCUAUCAGGAGCACAACAUUCCUUUGGAGGAGGAUGAGAGGAAGAAACUCAACAAUUCGGAUUUUGCCAAUGCAGAUUCUGGCAGCAAUUAUGAAGAUGUUAAUGUCAAUGUAUACAAUGAUAAUGACAGUGGCAACUAUGGGGACAAUGAUCAGGUGUUGGAACAGGUGUUUGAUGGUGGUGAGCAUUACUCAUAUGGACAUGACGAGAGGCAGGACAACUACAGCAACGGUGAGAGGCAGGGGAACCGUCAAGGCCAGCCCAAGAUGAAGAAGGUGUAUGUUGCCAAGGUGAAGGCGUCCUCUGAUGCUGGAACGGAGGCUGAGGAAAAUCCUGAAAAGAAUGUGGUGUCCGCUACCGCUAGCGUGACAGAACAGAAAGAGGCUAAUGCUGAUAAUGCCAACGUUGUGCCUGCUUCGGAAUCAGACAAGUCCGCUGGGGAUGCUGCCCAAGAUGGUCCUAACAACCGACAAGGUGCCGGCACUGGAGUAAGGACAUUUUUCCGAAAGGAGAGGCUUAAUGGCUCUGAGAAGAGGAAGAAGAAAAAUGCUAAGAAAGGCAGCGGCAAUGAGCAGGAGAAGGCGGCAAAUAAGCAAGAUUCUGAGACAGACGGUUUAAAGAAACAAGCUGAAAAGCAACCACUGGAAGAAGAGAAAAAGACCCUUGCUGAGUAUGAGAAGAUGCGUGAGAAGACAAAGAGGUCCUCGGAAGCCUCAAAAACUGAGGUGAGGAAGGUCACCGCUGAAGAAUUUAAGGGCCUGCAAUUAUUAGCAAAAAAGAAGCUGGAUCAUGAGGAAGCUGUCAUGAAGGUAGAAAAGGUUCAGCCCAAGAUUAAAGAGGCUAGCAAGAAGGAAGAAACAGUUGAGGCAGAGGGAAAGGAGGAUGCUGCAAAGGAUGCCAAACCUAAGAAGGUUACCAUCCCCCGCCAAAACCUUGGGUUCAGAACCCCAAGACGCGUCUCCUAUGAUCAGGAAGAUGGCUCUUCUGCUCGUGGCCGCUUUAAUAGCACUUUCCAGGGCGGGAUCCGCGACAACAGCACCGAGCCCCGGGUAGCCCAGAACGAAGCUGCCGCUCAAAACGGCAAUGGCGCAUCAAGGGGCGUCUACAACAGGCGAGGGGACGCCGCCCCGAGGGGCGACUACUCCGGCCGCCUCGACGGAUACAACAUGGGCAACGGCGGCUACGGCUACGGCAGGGGCAACGGCGGGUACCAAGGCAAUGGAGGAGGCUACAGGCCACAACAGCAGCAGCAUGGCAAUGCUGGCAGAUACCAGCAGCAGCGCUCUGGCAAUGGUGGCUACUACCAGCAGAGGGGGGCAGCCAACGACGGUCACUACCAGGAGCGCCGCGAUUCUGCGCCGGCGCUGGACGUCAAGGACAUGUCCAAGUUCCCUGCGCUGACUGUACCCGUCUCGGCCCGAUCUGGUGCGCCGGUCCCUGCGCCCAAGCCAGCCCCAGCUGAGGGCUCUGCUCCGGCUUCGGCCUAACUCUUUUGACUAGUUUUCCUUUAAAUUUUUAAUUUUGUAACGGAUGAUUUACAGUUUUAUUCAGUUUCAGAAACUUUCGUCUUUGUUAAUUCGAAUUUGUGCGGCUUGAUGCAUCAUUCGAUUGCAGCUAUAUAUUUUUUUCCCAGUAAA